AUGUCUUCGCCUCUGUUCUCGGUCUACCUGUUGCUCACUCUUCUCUCUCUGACGCCCGCGGCUCGACACUCGCUCGUGCCACAGAGCCUCCCUCGUCUUUGCGCAGCGUCAGCCGUCGCGCUCGAGCCCUCUUCGUCAUUUUCGUCCUUCUUUGAGAACGAGGAGAGCCGAGGCGAGGAGGCGGGGCGCGAGGCCCUCCGCGUGGGCGGCGAGGGCGAGCGCGACGGUCGGGGCUGGCGGGAGCACGACGAGGAGACUCACUUCUUCUCGUCUGUGGCGCCGAGCCCCUCCUCCGCGUCUGCGCCCGCGGCACCCCAGCCCUCUUCUCUGUCUGCUCCAGGCGCACGCCAUGGCCGCGCGCCUGCGAAGGAGCUCAGGACCUGCGCGACUGGCAGGCACGGAGAGCCGGUUUGCGAUAGUGCCCGCGAGGAAAGAACGGUCGAGAGAGCCAUUCAGCGGCAUCGGCAUGAGACGUCCCCUCGCGACGUGGCGUUCGCCUCUUCCCAGAAGUCGUUCGCCUCCUCGUACUCUCCCUUCGACGACGAAGACAGCGACGACGGAGGAUCUCUCCGCUUCGGGCAACGCAUGAAGGCCGCAGUGACUUGUCCCGCUGCCAAGAUCAUCCUCGGUCUCAGCGGCGUCGUCGCCCUGGGAACUCUCGGCUUCAAAUACACGCGCGACGUGCUGCGCCGCCGUCGUCGCCAGCGCCUGGAGCGCCCGCCGACGCCCUUCACAGAGCUGCUAGGCCACGUGCUCUUGAAGCGCGAGCGUGUCCACGAGCCUGUCUCGCCGUCCGCGUCUUCGCCGUCGUCGACUGUGGGGCCUGUGACGGAGGACGCAACGGGCGACGUGCUGGGCAAGCCUGGGAGCGUGACGGCUCUCUACUUCUCGGGUCGCGGCGUCGAGGAGAUGCUGCAGGCGCGAGGAUACCAGCCCUUUACGCCUCGCCUCGAGGCCAUUGUCGAGGGAUGCCGAGACCGCGGCCAAGAGCUGAACGUCGUCUAUCUCUCCGCCGACGCAGACCCCAGUGAUGCAGACAAGCACUUCAAAGAAAUGCCGUGGUAUGCUCUCCCUUUUGACGACGCGGCAGGGCAGUCUGUGAUUCAGAAGCUUUACCGGAAGUUCCGCGUCUCGACGCUGCCUCACGUCGUUCUGCUUGACGAAGAUGCGAGAGUUUUGAAUCCCCAUGCCUACGCGUCCAUGGUUAUGAGGCCCGGCGACUUCCCCUGGAGAAAGCAGACGCCGAGGGAGCUUCUCGGUGACGACUUCGUCGACGGAGAAGGCAACAAAGCCAGCGGGGACGCACUUGACAACAAAGUCGUCGGAAUCUACUUUAGCGCCUCCUGGUGCCCCCCGUGCCAGGCGUUCACGCCCAAGUUGGUCGACUCCGUGAAGCUUCUGAAAGAGCAAGGCAAGGACGUCGAGGUGGUGUUUGUCAGCAACGACCGCGACGAGAAAAGCUUCGAGGAGUAUUUCAAGAAAAUGGAGGGCUUCUUGGCCAUUCCCUUCGCUGACACCAGCCGCCGGGCCAUGCUCCAGGAAGCUCUGAAUAUCCGGUCGCUUCCGACUUUGGUCUGGAUUUCCAAGGACGGCGAAGUCUUGACCCGACGGGGCGUGCCGAGCCUGAUGGAAGACCUUGAGGGCAGAGACUUCCCGUGGAAAGAGAAGGAGAUCAACGACGUGGGUGAGACCGUCGAGGGUAUCGCGGAUGAGCCUGCUCUGAUUCUCUUCAUGGAGUAUUUGGAUGACAAAGAAAAGGAGGCUCAAGAGCAGGCGCUUCAAGAAGCUCUGAAGGUGGUGCAGAGCCAGAAAAACGAUGGCAGCGUCCCUCCGCUGCCUCGUCUAUUCACGGCGAAAAAGCUCUCGCCGCGCUCGAUCGCGCUUCGAAGAAUUUGCCGCCAAGACCCCGCUUCCGCCGGCAAAGAACAAAGUGUAGAACGCCCGAUUCUGACGAUUCUGGACCUGAUCGACCAGAGCUACUACGUGUACCCGUCGCAGGGCGAGAGCGCAGGGGGCAAAAUCUUGACGGCCGAGGAGAUCGUAAACUUCAUUAAGCAGUUCCGCAAGGAAGAACUGCAGCGCAACCCGCUCUCAGUUCCAGAGUAG